UUCGUUUCUCAUCCUGUUGGCCAUGGCUCACUUCGCUCUUGGAGGCUAUUGUAUUGUUGUUUACAAAAACACCGAACAAAGGGCUCUGAGGCACCAAAUCGAAAAUGACCUGAGGAUGAAGCUGGAAAACGCUGGGUUGGACGAAAUACAGGACUGGAUGUCUUGCUGUGGAAUUCUGCAACCAGCUGAAGAAUACAGAUUUGUCGAUGCAACAAAACUCAACGGCUAUGAGUUACCUCCAUCUUGUUGCGAAUCAAGGGUGCCAUGCAGUAUCGACUCUCCAGAUCGAUACUCGGAAGGAUGUCUUACCUCAGUUUUUGAUUUCACCGUUGGUACCAACAUCAUCAUUGGAUAUAUUUCAUUAGGAAUUGCAGCUACUGAGUUACUUGGAGCCAUUUUUGCCAUCUGUCUGUCUUGUUGUGUGUGGAGACAUCAGAGUGUAGCAGUCUGGAGAUAAACAAAACGAAAACGAAUUGAUAAAGUUGAAAUUCCAGACCAGGAGAAACAAUAAUUUUUACUACAGCCACAAAUAUAGUUCGUCUAUAUGAUAAAAUGAUUCAAUCUAAGAUUUACAGUUGAUCAUACUGUACCUAUUCUUGAAGUUUGAACACUCUGUGAUAUUUUAGUCAUUAUUGAAACGAUUGUUGACAGUUCAUUUCAAUUGCAGUGGCAUAUAGUCUUACUCAAGAGGACUUGAAUAUUCAGUUCAAUUUACAUAUUCACGUGUUCAGAAUAUUAGGAAAAUUUGAAGGAAAUUUGGUACUUGAAGAAUGGAAAAAUAUUCUGUAUCGAUGUAGUGAAUAAGUCCUGGAUAAAUUCACAAAUGAUUUGCUGAGGAUAUCUCAUUUAGAGUUGGAAAUGUUGCUCUAUAUUUAUGGCUUUAGAGUAACUGUUACAUAUUUUUAGAUAUCAAAUAUGUAUUGUUGAAUAUUGUUGCUUCUUUAUAUUGUGUUUAUCCAGAGUUUUUUAUAACGUGUUGAAUAAUUGUAUUGACGGAAACCCUCAUAGGGUUUAGAUUUAUAUUUCGAUGAAUGAAUGUAUAUUACUAUUUUAGUUUGUUCGUACCAAGAUACUAUAUAAUAUCUAGUAAUAUAAUUGAUUACUAGGUGA